CGACAUCUCGGUCUCCCGAGUCCCGGUACGUCGUUGCGUCACUCUGCAGGUGACGAGGCGUACGAGACUAGCCGCGUGCAUUCAAUAUUAAAUGUAAAUGAACGUAUCGUCACGCGUCGGCACAACUUGACUUUGAUUGAGUUGUGGAGUAAACAUCAAACCAACCAACUCGCGAGUCGCCUCCGCCGCUCGCAGUUUACUCCGUUCGCUUGUUGUAAAUCGUUGCCGCAUCCGCCUAGAGUCGAACAUAACCAAAAUGGCGUUUAAUUUCCCAGCGUUUUCAUACAUUAUUGCAUUGAUUGUAGACGCAUUUCUUAUCUUCUUCUCGUUGUUUCACGUCAUAGCAUUCGAUGAGCUUAAAACGGACCAUAAGAACCCCAUUGAUCAGUGCAACAGUCUCAAUCCAUUGGUUCUGCCAGAAUAUAUCCUGCAUAUAUUUUUCAAUGUACUGUUUAUGGCAGCUGGAGAAUGGAUUUCGCUGCUUAUCAAUAUACCAUUGAUAGCUUAUCAUAUUAAUCGGUACCGCACCCGACCAGUAAUGAGUGGUGCUGGUCUGUAUGAUCCCACCAGUAUCAUGAACAUGGACCAGCUAAACAAGUGCCAGUGUGAGGGAUGGGUCAAGCUGGCGUUCUAUUUAUUAUCAUUUUUCUAUUAUCUAUAUGGAAUGAUAUAUAGUCUGAUUUCAUCGUGAAAAGGUCGUACACUGAAUAUCGGGCAGAUUAUUUUAAUUCUGUUAUUGUAAUUUGUGCUUUCAAGACAUAAUCAGUACAAGAAACAACGUAAACUUAAUUGAACGAAUGCAAAUACCAAUAAGAAUUUAUGUUCGUACAUAGUUAUAAAUUAGGCCUGACGUUAUUUGGGUUAAUUCCAAGUAAUUGUUGAAUGAAACUUUAACGGUAUGUAAUGCAAUUUGUGUUUGCUAGGGUUUUCGGUUCUGACUAAUAUUAAGAACGGUUUUUUAUUCACAUCAGCAACGAGUUGGUUUACUGUCUUAUAUUAAGCAUGCAAACAUUGGCAAUAAUGUGUUAAGAACUGAAAAUCCGCACACAAGUCUGUAAAGUCAUGUAAUUAUAUACUUAAUACACAGGAACACAAUCAAGAAACUUUCUUCAUGUUACUUUUUAUUUGUUUUGUUAAUUUAAUAACUAAUUUAAUUUAAAGACUUUGUAACAAAAACAAAAUAUAUGUACAUUGAAGGAAACAGAUGAAUGUAUGAAUGGAUAAUAAAAGUUAAACAUGUAAUAUUAA